GUUACGUCCACCUCCCGAACGAGGAAGAGGCGAUGAAGGAACGGUUCCGCCAGGCGUCCGGUAUGCCUGGGAUCGUGGGCUGCAUAGACGGGACACAUGUGCAGAUCCAGGCCCCACAUGAGAACGAGUAUUUGUACGUUAAUCGAAAAGGUUACCAUUCGAUUAACGUACAAAUAGCUUGUGACGCAAAUUAUAACAUCAUUAAUUUGGUGGCGAGAUGGCCUGGAUCCACCCACGAUUCCCGCAUCCUCCGGGAGAGUGCGUUAUUGCAGGACUUCGAGGAAGGAAGGUGCAACGGGCUGCUCCUCGGGGACAGUGGAUACCCGCUGAAACGGUGGCUGAUGACCCCGCUAAUUGCUCCAACAACUGACCAAGAACGGAGGUAUAACACCAUACACUCCGCAACUAGGUCAGUUGUUGAGAGAUGUAUCGGGGUUCUCAAACGCAGGUUUCACUGUCUUCAUGGGGAGAUGCGGAUGCACCCAGAACGGGUCUGCACUGUAAUAGCAGCGUGCACAGUUCUGCACAACAUUUGCAUCGCCAAAAGAAUCCCUCUCCCCAGACACCAUCAGCCACCGGCAGUCCCCGAGGAAGAUGUGCGUCAAGCCACUCGGCCUGAGGACAUCGCUGGCCGAUUAGUCCGUGCUCAGCUCAUUAAUCAGUUGUAAAUAUUGUUUUAAUUAUGUAUAUAUGUUUUUUAUAGGCCGACACGAACUGUAAAUCCGGUGACAGCUCUUCUAUUUAUUCGAACAUAUCUCUCCUACAGAAUCGAAACACCUCAAUUAGCUCCUUGUCAUUUGAUGAUGUUCACUGCAUUGCUUCUGUCAAAAAUAACCAUUCCCGUCUAAAUGCCUGCUCGUUGUAUUUUAUUGUUAUGCAUUAAAAAAAUUGAUGAACGAAAAUGAAUGAAAGAAUGAUUGGAAGGAAUAAUUAUUUGAACAGUAAAUCUUAAUUUGAACAGUAAAAAGUAAAACA